AUGGCUCCCCGCGUACCCAUCACCGAGGAUCAAAACAUCGUUUUUCUGCUCUCGUGCCUUCGCAAUUCUCAGGGUCCAAUCAAUUUCCACAAGGUCGUCGAAGAAUGUGACAUCGUGAGCGUUGGAGCCGCUACCAAGCGCUUCUCUCGUCUCACCAUAAAGUAUCAGAACGGGGCUGGCGGCGACGAUGCAAAAGCCAACGGUGAAGAGGGUGUGGCCACCGACACCGAUGAAUCGCCCUCCAAGAAAACUCUCAAGAAAUCCAACCGUGGUGGCAAGCGUAUCUCCAAGACCGAGAAGGAUACUAUGGCAACCAUCACUGCUCCGCGUGCUGCGGGUGUUGGGAAGAAGCGUUCUCCAGCCAAAACCAAGGCAACCGCUGCUGGCACUACUACUGCGGCAUUUACUGCUGUUACUACCGUUGAUGGGGCCAACUUGAAGACUGAGAAGGAUGAUGCUGAUGAUGGGGAAAUAGGAGACUUUGUGCCUAGUUUCUUCGACGAACAGAUGGAUCUUGGUGUCGGUGGACAGCACGACGAUGAUACUGAUUGA